AUGAAAGCUCAAGCAUUGGCAGAUCAUUUGGCAGAGAACCCUAUUUAUGAAGAAUAUGAACCACUUAAAACUUAUUUUCCAGAUGAAGAGAUAUCUUGUAUCGAUGAAGUUAUUCACCAUAACGAUCAAGGUUGGAAGUUAUUCUUUGAUGGUGCCUCUAACAGGAAAGGAGUUGGAAUAGGAGCCGUUCUUAUGUCUGAAUCAGGGGAAUAUUACCCUAUAUUAGCCCAACUUAGAUUCUAUUGUACUAAUAAUAUGUCUGAGUAUGAAGCGUGCAUUUUGGGUCUAACGUUAGCUGUUGACAUGGGUAUCCAAGAAUUACACAUUCCCAGAGUGCACAAUGAGAUUGCAGAUGCAUUGGCCACUUUAUCUUCAAUGCUCCAACACCCUGAUGGCGCUCAUAUCGACCCUUUAUACAUACAAAUUCGUGAUCAACAUGCUUAUUGCAACAUGAUUGAGGAGCAAUUGGAUGGUAAGCUUUGGUUUCAUGAUAUCAAAACAUAUCUUCAGUCAGGCGAAUGUCCAUUAGAUGUAACUAGUAACCAAAAAAGGACUAUUCGACGACUAGAAAUGGGUUUUUUCUUAAGCGGAGGCAUACUGUACAAGAAGACACCCGAUUUAGGUCUUCUAAGGUGUGUAAAUGAUAAAGAGGCUUCCACAAUCAUGAUUGAAGUACACUCAGGAGUUUGUGGACCUCAUAUAAAUAGAUAUGUUCUAGCCAAGAAGAUACUUCGAGCAAGAUAUUAUUUGCACACCAUGAAGCGGGCUUCCAUUCGAUUUAUUUGA